AUGUCCAUCGCCAGCUGCUGCAUGAGCACCAGCUGGACACUCCCCGCCACAGGUUUGGAAGUCGUGAGGCAGCUCCCGAAGGAGUUGGUGGAUGACGAGAAGCCUGACCAUCACGUUAGCUGCAAAGCGACUGGCCUGGGUAUGGUCCCUGUGGCAGCGCGGAACGUGGGGGACGCGGAGGAUGCGAACAGGCAAUUCCAGGGGAGCGAACUGAAUGAUGCCGACUGCAUAUCGCGCAGCAACAAAGCGGCCGCCGACCUCAACGCCGACGACGACGAGGCGGGAGCGGCGCGCUCGCAUGAGCUCAGGGUAGCUAUCGCGCCGCUUGCGCCUGGCGGCAUUGUCAACGGCCCGUCCGGGCUGCGUGUCAGCAUGCGGGUGUGGGUGGCCGGAGUCGCGAGGGGCAGGUGGAUGGGCAAGCAGGCUUUUCGGCACUUUGAGCAGAUUGGCAGCACUGCCAUGUCCCGACGGAGCAGCAGGAAGCAGGCAGACACCUCUGCCUCUGCGCGGGAGCCCGCUGGGCCGUCUGCAAAGUGCCUGCACUCCGAGAUUUUCCUUUCCAUCCGCAGCAACGACCAUCAAAGCCUUUUCGUCCUUGUUCCUUUACCGAAAACUAGUUUGUUUCGGCAUCAGGAUUGCCCAGCCAUGUUUGGACUCGCAAUCCUCAGCAAGGGCGAGCCUGAGCGAGUCCAACCGUGGCUGGAUGUCACCAACAAGCUGCAGGCCACCUGGUAUGUUGGGCGAGGGGAGAAGUCCCAGUAUGUCGAUGCUGGUUUGAAGAAGCGCCGCGUGAGAGAAAGCUCGUGGGCUGAAGCCUGCAAUGCAGCAAUCGACAACGCCCCAUCGCCGGGUUACGCUGUAAUAGUUGCAGCUGACGUGCGCAAGUGGUUUGCGCUACCGACUGACCCAGCGGCAUGGGGAUCGACUUGCGGAGUGGAAAUGGCACUUGAGCAAGUGGUCGCCCGUGUCAUUGCUGCCAUGAGGAAAUCUGGGGCAAUGCUGGGCGGGGUGUACCCCAACGAGUACCGGCAGCGGGCCAUGCAGCAAAGUACGCAUUCCUUUUUUGCACCGUGCCUUGCCGCCGUUCGGUGUGCGCGAAUCAGUUGCCUGCUUCAGGGCGUAGAUGGCUUUGUAAGGUUGAAAUGUGAAGUGUUUCUGGCUCCCAGUGGGCGCGCUUCAAGAAGUGCAGUGGCCCAUAAACCAGACAGUCAACCAAGGGGACUCCAAAUUCAUCCAAAUUCCAAUUUCGGUGGAACCCUGGGCGUGGCAGUUCAGAGAUGUUCCGGGAUCAGCGCGAAGGCGCAUCCAGGCUCUGUGGGCCGUUGCUUCGAUGCUUCCUACUCUGCAGGAACCCCCCGCGAGUCUGGGCGAGGAGGCUGGCCGAUGACCCAAGAGCCUAAUUACCAACAUCGGCAAGAAAAGGCAAGAUGCUGUUGCCGGUGA